CUAAUAACAGUAUUCUAAAAACCUAAAUACCAACAUUAGAAAUUUAAUUAGAUAUUGAAUCUUAGGUGUCGCUGCACGAUAACCAUUCUUGGUUCCCCGUGGCUUUCCUUUCCCAGUAAAAUGUGUGUUUCAUUUUUUUUUGUCAAUUUCGUAUAUUAUUUACUGGAUGGAAAAAAUAAACUUGACCAUGACUAUUACAGAGUGAAAUAAUGUAACACCUAAACAUACUACUUACUGUAUUGUAUAUCUUCUGCUUGUGAAUUGUUAUUUUCAUUGGAUAUUUAAAAACGGACAUAAAUGCGUACUUCUAGUGGGAUUAGUCAUUCCCCAAGGUUUAAUCCUUUCAAUGACGAUAAAGGCCUUUUCAGUGACAUUGACGAUGACUCCAGGGUUCCAUCUAGUGGGAGUGAACUCACUUCGACCACAAGUGAAGGAUCUGCGGACGUUAGUUUGGCCGAACUUGGUUUAACAGAGGAUUAUUUUGCUCAACCUGAUGGCGGCUUGGGGAUGUCGUCGAGCGAAGAAUUGGAAGCUGCGAUCGAGAAUUGUAAAAAAAUGAUUUUGGAGUUGCCGGAAGAUUCUGUAAGACGGAAAAAAUUUGUAUCAAAACUGGUACAGCUGAGAAUGAAAUUCCUGGAGCUAAAAGAAGGGCCGACUGAAUUCGAACCGCGUGUUAAACAAGUUCUGGGUCACAAACUUCGUAAACGGAAAAGCAAUAGCAUUAAAUAUUACUGUGAUUGCUGUAACGGACUUAUUUGGGGGGUGCUACAAGCUUGGUAUAGAUGCAAAGAAUGUGGUUUUAAUUGUCAUAACAAAUGCGUCAAUAUGAUCAGACGAAAAUGUGUCGCAAUUGACAUGAAUAAUUUGCCAUAUAAUUUAGAUAUUUCGCCCGAAAUUGGGCUCUCGUCACAACAAUUUAACUGCGCGGAAUGUAAAAAUCCUAUUUCUGUAACUGGUAUGGGCAAAGAGGAGGCCAGGAUUUGUGAUUAUAAUGGACAAUACUAUUGUCCACAAUGCCACUGGAAUGAUACUAGCGUUAUCCCUGGGAGGGUCGUGCAUAAUUGGGAUUUCACGCCACAGAAAGUCUCUCGCCAAUCGUAUCAAAUUCUAUCGAAAUUGUAUAAAAGGCCGUUACUCAAUCUACAAGAAAUAAAUCCGCUUUUGUUUAACUACGUUGAAGAGCUAGCUGAUAUCCGUAAAUUACGAGAAGAUAUAUUACUUAUGAAGGUUUAUUUUGUUACGUGCAGUAACGCUCUCGAUUUAAAAUUGCUUCUUAAACUUAGCGACAGGCAACAUUUUGUUGAUUGCUCAGAUAAAUAUUCUAUGGAAGAUCUUGUAGAAGCCCAAAGUGGGACUUUAACUGAAUAUUUAACAAACCUACACGCUGAAUAUGCAAAACAUAUCAAACUUGACUGCUUAGUUUGCCAAGCUAAAGGAUUCAUCUGUGAAAUUUGCAACUCAGGGGAAACGCUUUUUCCGUUUGAUUUCGGAGUUUCUACUUGUACGAAAUGCCACGCUGUUUUUCACCGUGACUGUUUUACUUGCAUUGAUACUCUUUGUCCAAGGUGUGAGCGAUUUCAGAAGAAAAAAAAAUUGAGAAAGAAUAAAGAAAAUGCUUUAUUUGAGAGUGACGAAAGCUAUGAAUCUGAAGGUUCAUAUUUACGUAGCGGUGAAUUGUCAUCUUCAACUGAAUUACCUACAACUUCAAAACCAGUUGCCAGAUAUUCACCCGCAUUUACAACUACGACCUCCGAUAAGGCAUCUAUUGAAAAUACAGACAAUACGAGAGAUCGGAAUGAUAGUAAAAGUUCUGCAAUUCAAAUUGAUCCUUAUUUAACGGAGAAAAGAAGCCGAGAAUCCUCGUUUCAUUCUUUACUCACAGACUCAUCUUAUACUGAUUAUGCGGUACUGGGUUUCGCAGGCGCUGGUCGGAGUAAAAAUCCUGCGUCGGAAAACAAUCAAAACAUCGAACAUACCGAAAUAGAAAAGACAGAAAAAUCUCUAGAUUCUACUGUAAAGCUUGUGACGAAAAAUGGCAAAAUCAAUCACCCACGACAACCAAGAUAUCGUUUUCACCAAAACGAAGCGAACACUUUCAAUUAUGAAACUAAUCCGGUCACUAGGAGGCCGCAGAGAGAUGAUAAUUUAUUCAACGAUCUUGUGAAAUCAAAAACAAAUCGUCCGAAGCCUGAUCCUAAUCGUGAAACUAAGAUUGGACGAAAUAGAACUUCACAAGAGCCUGCAGCAGCUCAACACAGUGCUCGAGAAAAAACAAACGACCAGAGAAUAAAUCAAAAAUACAAUUUAAGAUCAGGAAGACAUUAUGAUCCUACAUUGGAUCCUUUUCAUAACCAUGAGAACCCGAGUACACGAUUCAUGAGCGACGUUGCAAAAUCAAAAUUUCAUUCUGACCUUUCACCCUCUGAUCAACCGGAACUUGACCCCUUCAAUCAAAAUCGAAACAAAGGGUCAAAGUUUAUCGAUAGAGUCACCCCUUCGACUUCAUAUCGACCAGAAUUGGAUCCCUUUCAUCAAAAUGAGGAUAAAAAGACGAAAUUUAUGAAAAAUGUCACCCCUCGUAAUUUUUCAGUUCAAAAUACUACCAGGGGUUUCCAUGACCAGAGAAAUCAAAACCAUGUUGCCAGAUUCAGAUCUGAUCAUAAACAGUGGCCAAUACAUGAUUCUGCUGGUAAUCCUUUCGAUACUAAUGAUUCUGCUAGUCCUUUUAAUAAAUCUGGCAACCCUUUUGAUGAUGCUGAUCAUUAUGAUGACGCUAAAAACCCGUUUUCUUAAUUCUAAUUUCAUGAUUCAGGUGCGUUCUUUUGCGAUUUAUUAGUAGACUACGUACUCUUAUAGUGGAAUAAUUUAUUGAGUUGAGGUAAUGGACAUCCUAAGCUGGGGGCUCCCAACCUAUAUUCCCCUGUUUACCCUUUUGCAAAUUUUACGUUAGUAAAAUUUCCCUCAAAAAUUUUAUGUUUUCCCUCUUACAAAGCAUUAUAAUGACUCUAGGGCUGUAAUUUCUAAUAAUGGCUUUUCACAAUUUUUGACGGAGUUUUAAAGUUUUUUCCAUGUUUUAAGCCAAUACCUAUAUUUCCCUACUUAUACUUUCCAAAUUUUACAAAAGUCUCACAAAUUUUCCUUUUUACAUGGCAUUAUAAUAACAUACUCUGGAAGAAGGAAUUCUAACAUAGAAUUAUAGAUGUAAAUAGCUGAAAUUCAUUGGAUUUAGUUAUUCAUUUUCCCCCGCAGAAAAGUUACUCCCAUGGCAGGUCAAAUUUAGCUCCAGGGAGGGAAUUUUCACCCUUUUCCCCCACUUUCAUAUCAAUAUUCGAAUUUCAAUGAUCGGCUAAUCAAGUAAUGACUAUUGAUUUUCUUGAUUGCUGCUUCUAAUGGCUAAUUUUCAGAAGAAAUUUCAGAUGUGUUUGUUUCGUUUUGAAUAUUUGUGGCUCUGAUAAUUCUAUAUUUCCACCAGCGAUUUUUGGUACUUGUUGCAAACACAUUGAAAUUUAAUAUGUUGACCAUAAAACCAUAUCAUCACUUGCAUUUAUUUUUUGAUUAUUAUUUGAAUUGAUUCAUUUUUCUUUUAAAAUAUCUUUGCUGAA